GAAAUUAACCACCACCUAUGCUGAACGCUGUCUGAUAUCCACCCUAUGGCUGUCGCACUGCAAGACGUCAGCGACACCCUACUACCGCGCAAAUACCAGGAGGAAAUAUUUGCGCGGGCGCAGCGCAGCAAUGUCAUCGCUGCGCUCGACACAGGGAGUGGCAAGACGUACAUCAGUACGCUGCUCAUCAAGUGGAUAUCAGCACGGGAUGCCGGGUUGGGGAAAAUCAUCGUUUUCCUCGUUCCGAAGGUGGCUUUGGUAGAGCAGCAGGGGGACUUCAUCGCCAGGCAGACCCCGCUGCGGGUCACGAAGUGUUGCGGGGCGACCGCAAUCGACCUGGCGGACCGUGUGGGUUGGAAGAAAGAGCUGGGGGACACGGAUGUGCUUGUCAUGACCGCUCAGAUAUUUCUUAAUAUUCUGACUCACUCGCACUGGAGCCUGGAUAAGGUGUCCCUCAUGGUCUUCGACGAAUGUCAUCACACGCGGAAGAAUCAUGCCUAUAACGGUAUCAUGCGCGAAUAUUUCCAGUUCUCGAUCGAACAGCGUCCCAAGAUUUUCGGUAUGACUGCGUCGCCAAUUUGGAAUCCCCGUGACGCCGUCGAGUCGCUGGCGACCUUGGAGAGAAACCUCGACGCCAAAGUCAUCGCGGUCCGCGAGCACGUCGAUGAAUUGAUGGGUCAUUCGCCGAGACCUGAAGAGGUGCUACAUGAGUAUCCAGCGCCCCUGGAUAUGUAUUCAGCCUACCCGACGUACUCCCUCUGGAACCGUCUGCACUUAGAAUCGCUCCCUUCUCACAUCGACAUUCCCGUGGACAAGAUCCGCUCGAGAUACGACAUCACCUACGCGAGCCUCGGUCCCUAUGGCGCGGAGCUCUUUCUUUACAACGAUAUGAAACAACGCAUCGCACAAAUGCUGCUGCAAGCCAGUGGAGCCGAACGUGAUUUCCUGUCAUUCGCAUACCCCGGGUACGGCCUCGAUGACCUUCCGACAUCUGGCACAAUGAAUACCGAGCUCCCGCCUGAGGUGGAGGAUUUACAGGACGCCCUGAUCGAGUUUCGCUCGUUCUUCGAGGAGACGAACGAUCCGGAGGCCGAGCCGCUGACCGUUCAUCUCAAAUGGUGCUCGCCGAAAGUCCGAGAGCUCAUCGACAUCCUCUUCGAGCACUACACAGGGUCAUUCCAAGGCAUUGUCUUCGUUGAACAGCGUCAUGUCGCGGCCUGCUUGGCGACUAUGCUCCCCCGUGUGCCGCAGCUCAGCCACCUCAUCAAGGCCGGACAGCUCAUCGGACACGGGGCGGCUAAUCUAGCCAAGUCGCAAGUUAGGGGCAUGGCGCUCAGGACGCAGCAAGACAUCGUCAAGAUGUUCCGAGACAAACAAAUCAACCUGCUCGUCGCGACAUCUGUCGCAGAAGAGGGUCUCGACUUCCCGGCUUGCGAUCUUGUCAUUCGAUUUGAUCCUCUGCAACACAUGGUUGGGUACUUGCAAUCCCGCGGGCGCGCACGCCACAGAACCUCGAAGUUCAUCAUCAUGGUCCAAGAGGGCCAUCUCACCCACGCCGCGCGCUACAAAGCGUUCUCAGAGAGCGAACCUCAAUUACGCCUCGUGUACCAGAACCGCGAUUUACGUGACCACAGCCCAGAACCCGGAGAGAUCGAGGAAGAGGAGGAGCGAGACGACCCAGAGGACAUCGCCGAACGAGAACGCUAUAUCGUGCCCCACACUGGGGCUGUCUUGACCUACAAUAAUGCCAUCGGUCUGUUGAACCAUCUCUGUUCGCUGAUACCUCACGACAGAUUCACUCCCGUCCAUCUCCCGAAGUACACCGGUGACUUCAAUUCCACCCUGCAGCUACCGUCAAGCCUGCCACUGCCGCAAGAACACCUAACCUACCAUGGGCCAGAGAAGCGCUCCAAGAAGGAAGCAAAACGAGCUGUUGCCUUCUUGGCCGUGAAGCAGCUGCACGCACUGAACGUCUUCGACGACUUCCUGUUGCCUGCCCAGAGCGGUUCUGCAGGUGAUCACGAAGACGCCGACGGGCAUACUAUACAGGACGUCAGCCGUGUUCCAUUCAUGCUUGCUGACGUGCCGGUGCGAGACCCUUGGACGCGAGGCGCUGUGCAAUACGUGCACGCAGUAUACCUCGACGGUGUCCCGACAGCCGGUCUUGUCACCGGGACACUUCUGCCGCAAGUGGAACUGGUCUGCCAAGGCACGUAUGUAUCCAGCGGAGACAGCCAGCGAGUGGAAUUCGAUUCCAACAACGAAUGGGAGCAGCGCAGGAUGAUGGAAGACUUCAUGAGAAUGGGACUAUGGUGGUGCAUCACUGGGAGAGGAAUCACUCUACCACUGACGUGCUACCUGGUUCCGAUCACUCACGAUCUACAGGUCGACUGGGCCACCAUCGAGAAGGCGGUCGCAAACCCUUACGGCAACCCUGAUUGGUCAAUUGUGGGUGAAGAGCAAUACUUCCACACGCUCGUUAUGAACAAGAUGGAGCACGGCAGGCCAAUGCUGCUUCGCAAAAUACGCCCUGACAUCACCCCUAUGUCUGUCCCUCCACAUGGCUCGCGCGAAUCGGGUUUCACGACGUACAGAGACUACUGGAUCCAGAAGUUCACGAGAAGAGGCGUUGUACCCGAGGUCCCUGAAGAUGGCCCGUGUGUCGAGGGUCAGCCGUAUCCGCGCCAUGCUGCGUGCGCGUAUGCACUUGACAACUCCGGUGAGGGCCUAGCCGCCCCAAUGAUUGUUCCACUAUCCAUCCUCUACCCCAUGGGCAUGUGUAGAUGGGCAGAGAUGCCCGAGGAUGUCUUCCGCACUUUCCACGUCUUACCCGAACUAUGUCAUCGCAUUACGGACGUCUACCGCGCGCGAACCGCUCGAGCAGAGCUAGGCUUGCCCCCAAUCACCGACGACCUGCUGAUCCAGGCACUCACCGUACCGAGUGCAAACGCCGGUUUUAAUAACCAGCGCCUCGAAACUCUCGGUGACGCCGUGCUCAAGCUUUCCACCGUCGUCCAUCUGUUCAAUCGCUUCCCACAUCGCCAUGAGGGUCAACUGGAUGCUCUACGCCGGACCUGCGUCUCGAAUCGCACGCUCAUGUCUCGAGCGCUCGAACACCGCUUAGAACGGUACCUCACGAGCGAGGGUCAGAGCAUGCGUCUCUGGAGAUACACCCUGCCGCAGGACGCGGAUCCAUCGGAGAUGGCACCUCGGAGACACGUGCCACGUACAUAUCCGCGUAGAAGUUUGCAGGACUGCAUGGAGGCCACACUAGGAGCUGCCUUCGUCACUGGUGGGAUACAGAUGGCUUUGCGCGCUGGCACAGCUCUUGGACUUAGUUUCGGCGGACCCUGCCCGUGGAACAUGCGCUACAGCGGGCGCAUCGCUGCAAGUCCGGUGGCGAGCCUCUUCAGCGAUUUACAGGCAGCACUAGGAUAUCAGUUUCGCAGCGGGAAGCUUUUGCUAGAGGCAGUGACACAUCCUUCGUUCGGGUCACUCGAAACGUCUUCGUAUCAGCGACUGGAGUUUAUGGGAGACGCACUCAUUGACGUCGUCGUCAUGAAGUACAUGUACGACAAGUACCCAAAGGCCAACUCCGGGCAGCUCUCCUGGGCCCGAUCUCGCGCCGUGUGCGCGCCAGCUCUGGCGUCUGUCGCCGUCAAGCGCCUCGGCCUCCACAGACUUCUCCUCGUGAAUAACGUUGAAUUGAGCAUAACCAUCAGCAAAUACGUGCCCAUUAUGGAGGAGCUCACGGAUGAAGAGAUCAUCCACAAUGCAUGGAAGCACGACCCGCCGAAGGCGGUCAGCGACGUGCUAGAAAGCGUGCUCGGCGCGGUUCUCGUUGAUUCCGAAUAUGAUUUUGAGAGGGCGAUAAGUGUUGCGGAGUUUUGCAUGCAGGGCCUGUUGUCGGUGCUGUCCCCGAACUUGCCAAAGGAUCCCAUCUCAGAGUUGAUGAUAUGGGUUGCGAAGUCGGGGUGUAGGAAGGUCUCUUUCCAAAAGAGCAUGAGUCGCCCGGAGAUCAAACGCAACGACGGCAUGUCUGUCGUCGUACACGACCAGAUCAUCGUCGGGCCUGUCAUCGCCCCGAAUCUCUCCCUCGCAAAGGGCCUCGCAGCCGAGCGCGCCAGAGCCCUCCUCUCGGAUCAAAGUACCCCGCAGUGUCUGGCAUGCCUAUGUACCUGCGCGAAGGAUGCCGCGGAAGUGGAAGGACGACAGGUCGCCGACGAGGAGCUGCCAGAAAUCAAAGAGAUCGACGACGAAACAGUGGAGGGCUUUGCGACCCUCGCCCGAAUAAUGGAUGACGAGUUCAGCGGGCGCGUCCAUGAAGAACAACCGGAGGACGAGGACGACUGGGCCGAGCUUGAAGAGGUCGAGGCCGCGCUGGACACCGACACCGCAAUGGCCGUCGACUCCGACAACGCGAGGUCCACGGCCACGCCGCCCGCGCCCGUCGUCGAGGUCACGAAGGCGGAGGCGGAGAAUGACGCGAAGGAUAUGGACAUGGAUAUCGAAAUGAACAUGGACCCCCGGAGUCGGUCCUGA